CAUGUCGGGAGAUGUCUGUCCGGUGGCCGCCAUAUUGGAGCAACAACUAUUGUUAUAAAUUGAGACGAGGCUGCUGCUGGCUGAGUUUACAUGUUUUCUGCGCGUUUGUUCUGAAAAUAAGUGGAUAUUUAUACGCAAGGUCAUGAAAGAGAUGUCAACGACUGGUGACAGUACGCUUGGCGGGCAGCAGCCUCGGAAACAUUAUGGCAUCACAUCUUCAAUCAGCCUGGCCUUUCCCCGAGAGAUAGACCAUAUCUACACUCAAAAGCUCACUGAGGCUAUGAAACCAUUUGGAGUGUUUGAGGGUGAAGAUGAACUCAAUCACAGGCUUGCAGUUCUUGGGAAGCUGAAUUCAUUUGUUAAGGAGUGGAUUUCAGAAAUCAGUGAAACAAAGAAUCUUCCACCUGCAGUAGCGAAUGUUGGUGGCAAAAUCUUUACUUUUGGGUCAUAUAGGUUGGGAGUGCACACAAAAGGUGCUGAUAUAGAUGCUUUGUGUGUUGCCCCACGUCAUGUUGAAAGAACUGACUUUUUCUCAUCUUUCUUCGAAAAACUAAAACGGCAUGAUGAGAUUAAGGAUCUACGGGCUGUGGAGGAUGCUUUUGUGCCAGUGAUCAAAUUCAAGUUUGAUGGCAUUGAGAUUGAUCUGCUGUUUGCUAGGCUCGCGUUACAGUCCAUUCCUGAUAACCUGGACCUAAGAGGAGACUCCCUCCUCAGAAACUUGGACAUCAGAUGCAUUCGCAGUCUAAACGGUUGCCGUGUUACGGAUGAGAUCCUAUAUUUGGUGCCUAAUAAAGAGAAUUUCAGAUUAACAUUGAGAGCGAUUAAAUUGUGGGCCAAACGCCGUGGAAUCUAUUCCAACAUGCUAGGCUUUCUGGGUGGCGUGUCCUGGGCUAUGCUGGUGGCCAGGACAUGUCAGCUUUACCCAAAUGCUGUUGCCGCCACACUUGUGCACAAGUUCUUUCUGGUCUUCUCUAAAUGGGAAUGGCCAAACCCUGUGCUUUUAAAACAACCUGAAGACAGCAAUUUGAAUCUGCCAGUUUGGGAUCCGCGGGUGAAUCCAUCAGACAGGUAUCACCUGAUGCCAAUCAUCACGCCUGCAUACCCGCAACAGAACUCUACCUACAACGUGUCUACUUCCACACGCACCAUCAUGAGUGAAGAGUUCAAGAAUGGUCUCACUGUUACAGAUGAAAUUCUUCUGGGUAAAGCCGAUUGGUCCAAGUUAUUUGAACCUCCCAACUUUUUCCAGAAGUACAAGCAUUACAUUGUCCUUACUGCCAGUGCAUCCACUGAGGAAAACCAUCUAGAGUGGAUUGGACUGGUGGAGUCAAAGAUAAGAGUGUUGGUUGGAAAUUUGGAGCGCAAUGAGUACAUCACCCUUGCUCAUGUCAACCCACAGUCUUUUCCCGGUUCAAAAGAGAACCGCAAUGAGAAUGAAUUUGUUUCCAUGUGGUUUAUUGGAAUCAGCUUCAAAAAACUGGACAAUUCUGACUGUGUGAAUAUUGACUUGACCUAUGACAUCCAGUCCUUCACCGAUACUGUUUAUAGGCAGGCCAGCAACAUCAACAUGCUGAAGGAUGGCAUGACUAUUGAGGCCACACAUGUGAAGAAGAAACAGUUGCAUCAUUACCUGCCUCCUGAACUUGUGCAGAGGAAGAAAAAGAGUUUGGGAGAUAUAAACCGAAGCUCAAAUGGUGGUGGGUCGAAGCGCUGCUCACUGGAUAGCAGUCAGCUGGACAGCUCCAGGGACACAGACAUCGGCACCCCGUUCAGCUCGCCUACACCAGUCAGCCAACCAUGCCAACCUGUAUCCACACCUGAAGACAGUAGUAUCAGCCCACCCAGUCAUCCAGUCCUUGUGUUCAUGGACAGCCCACCAGCAUCAGAAUUGUCGCCUCCAAAACCAGAACAGGGAAUGUCCAUUCCAGUCAUCGGCUCCAAGGCCAUCGCCAGUCCAGUUGCCAAGCCCCCAACACCUCCCGCUGGCAACACCAUUCCUACAGUGGUGGGCCGCAGUGUGAUACCACGCAUUACCUCUUCCUCCCCUAGCCCAACUGACCUGCCCAACAGUGUCAAUGGAGCACCAAAGAGACCUCACUCUCCAUCUCUGGAGGAUCCACCUAAGAGGCACAAAGAUACAGAGGUGUUUUCUGAUGACUGUGCGUUUAAAGAACCAAACCCUCCAACUAGCAAUGGCUUGGAUGGUGAUGAUGCGCAAACAGUGGAGGAUCUUGCAGCAACCAAACCUAUGCCAAUACCAACAAUCGAUACAUCAAGGUCACAGAGACUAUCCAGCAAAGAGCUUCCGGAUGCAUCUUCCCCAAUCCCCACAAGCAACCUCCGUGUGAUUAAAAAUUCAAUCAGGCUCACCCUUAACCGAUAACAGUGAGCUAUCUACAGGUGACAUGAAUUGUUACUGUUGCUGCCACUCUUGAGUUUGCCCUUUAAUCUAUUUUUCCCCUUUUCUUGAGCAUUUGUCUACACAGGUUUUCCCUUAAAGAGUGGAACCACACCUGUGUAACAGCAGUGCUGCUUUUAAACUGCUACUGAUAUUUGGCUGGUAUUCCUGCUUGUUAAAGAGUUAGUGUAAAGUAUAGAUUUUUUUUUCUUCCCAAGUAGUUUUUUUUUUAUGCCUUACUGUGUCCGAAUGCUUGCUUAGACAUCUCUUUGAGCUUUUGAAACAACUUGUACAGUAGAUUAGUUUGUAAAUAACUUUAAAAAUCAUUGUUAGUCUUUCUAUGCCACCUUAAUGUAGUUUUUAUUAACAAAAAAAGUUGAAAAAAAAAUUGUCCUGUUUGUCACUGUAAAUGAGAUUCUUUGUUUGUCCAAAGGUUUUCCUUGCAGUCUUUUUGUAAUGGCUGUAUAGGUUCUGGUACAGUUUCUGGGAGGACCUUUUGUGUGGGGUGCGUAUGUGUGCGAGUGUGUAUAUGGACCAGCAUUAGUAACUCAAAACCAUGACUCCCAUUACCGGUCACAAACGCUGCUGCCACUCCAUAGUUUCGUUAUCAGCUCAGAACAAAAGAACAGUAUUAGAUCUGAGGUAUGGGUUUGUUGGGCCUACAUUUCGAAGCAGGUUUGCUUUUAUUAUAAGUUUGCUCAAUGAUAAACGAGUCCAUGUUGGUUUUGCGUGUGCAUGUGCAUGAUUGUAAUUUCCUGCGUUUAGGGCGUCACCCCCUGCGCCUCCCAUGGAGGUCUGAAUGGCAGUGUCUCUUGAACUUUAAGAACAGAGACUAAAUAAGAUUUCUGCCCUCUUUCCAUUUAGAUUCCAUUUUUCCUCCUUCAUCCCCCCCUCCUUUCCACAUCCUACUGUCCUGCCCUGUUGGGGUGUACAGAGAACAUAGACUUACUAUUCAUUUUGGGGUUUCUUAACAUUUUAUUUAUUUGUACCAUUUAUAAUUUUUUUAUAUCACAGGUAUUGCAGUUUAACAUCUUUUUCUUCUAGACAUUCAUUUCAUCGCUCAGUUUGAAUCUUCCUGUUACCUUUAGGACAAUUUAAAAAAAAAUCUACUUGUCAUAUUCUUUUGUAGGGCAAAAGUUGUAUUUGAAAGGGUAUUUUUGUAUGUAAUGUAAACUGCCUUUACAUUUGAGAACAUAAAAUUCACAAAACCCCAA